AUGCGUAUUGAUGUGGCUAUAGAAUUAGUAAAAUGUUUGAUCAAGUAUUUGAAAAAAUAUAGAGAAUCUGGAUUUAUAAAUGCUAAAGCUAGUGCUGAAAAGAUUGAGAAUAAAAUGGAGAUUGAAUGUGUGUUUAUUCAAAAACGUCAAAUUCGUAGAAAACAACACUAUGAUGAAAAUCCAUCUCAACCCACACAACUAAAUUUUGAGUCUGCUAAAGAGUCUUUUCGAAAUCACUAUUUCUUAUAUAUUAUAGAUCAAACAAUUGUCUCACUUGAUAGAAGAUUUGAGCAAUAUAGCACAUAUGGAAAUAUUUUUGGAUUCUUGUUUAGUAUUGAAAGGCUUAGAUCAUUAUCUGUCAGGGACUUGAAAGCAUGUUGUAAACAUCUUGAAACUUGUUUAAAACAUGACGAUUCUCUUGCUCUUGAUGGCGAAAUUUUGUUUGAAGAAUUGAAAGUUAUUAGAGAAGUUUUAAGAGUUGAAUCAAAAUCAAGCUAUAUGAUAUUGAAUUCUUUAAAGACUUUUAAUUGUUUUUCUAAUGCAUUCAUAACUUAUAGAAUAAUAUUGACUAUUCCUAUCAGUGAUGCAUCUGGUGAAAGAAGUUUUUCUAAAUUAAAAUUAUUAAAAUCUUAUUUGAGACCUACUAUGUCACAAAAUAGAUUAAAUAAUUUUGUGUUGAUUUCAAUUGAAAAUAAUUUUUUGAAGAACAUUGAUUAUGAACGAAUUAUUAAUGAUUUUGCAACAAAAAAUGCUAAGAGGAUGACAUUUAAAUAA